UGGACGUCGAAGUGGACGACAAAUCUCCGCUUCAACUUUUCUGUUUAGUUUCCGUAACGUGAUGAAACGUUGAAUGUGCUCAAUCACCAAACAUGGAAGAGGUUAAAAGUGGCAUGGUGACUUUAAAUGAUGGAAAAACACGUCCACAACCAAUAAAACUGCAACUGUCUAGCGACACACUGACAUUGCUGAAAGAGGAACUGGUUCCAGUGUACCAAGAAGAAAAUGCAAACGAACUAAUCAACAAAGUACGAGAGGUUGUAAUCCAGAAGCAUGAGAAGACUGGCCUGGGAAUUAGUUUGAAGGGUGGUGCUGAGAAUCGCCUCCCUGUGCUGGUCUCAAAGUUGGUACCAGGACAGGCUGCAGCCCUUACAGGAGGCUUGUAUGUAGGAGAUGCCAUUUUAAAGGUGAAUGGAGAACCCUGUGACAGAGCCAGUCAUGACGAGGUCAUCAGUUUAUUGAAAUCAGCUGGGUCAGAGGUUACGCUGGUUGUAAAGCACUUCAAACCUGCAGCCGUUUUCCUCAAUAAAGAUCAGCAAGCAGGAAACAACAACAAUUCGCCAAUGGAAGAAGACUCGUCCCAGUUUCCGCGUCUGGAGCGUCAAUGGUCAGUCUACGUUUCUAUACCACUGCUGUUUGCCUAUCUCACUCGCUACUGUCCUGGGACUGACAAACUCAGAGCGAAUGCAUUUGAGAUUGUCAGUGUGGACGGGGCUUCGACAGGCGUUAUUCACUGUGAUGAUAGCCACUCUUUGGCUGACUGGAUCAGAGCAAUCACCAAUAACAUCUCAUCUCUCUUAACUCAGAUGAUAAAAAUGAGUAACAGACUGCUGAUACCAGAAGAACAGGAAUGUGAGAGUAAUACAUUUAGAGAGUAUACUUCACGGGAAUGUGAGAGUAAUACAUUUAGAGAGUAUACUUCACGGGAAUGUGAGAGUAAUACAUUUAGAGAGUAUACUUCACGGGAAUGUGAGAGUAAUACAUUUAGAGAGUAUACUUCACGGGAAUGUGAGAGUAAUACAUUUAGAGAUUGUGAUUAUAGGAUACAAUUUGGUAUUUUUUUAUGUAUGUUACAGAUGCAGACGCGAGAUUGGGUACGAUGUGAUACGGUAUUCAAACUCUACGAAUGUAUGUUUAAAGUGUUAAAGGACCCAGAGUUGCUGGACGACCGGCAGCAUUCGUGUACGAUACAGACGGGGACAGGUGAGAAGUUUUACCUGAGUACUGAUAGCCGCAGUGACCUAUUACACCUGGAGAAGGCCUGGUAUAGGUGUAAUCACAACAGUAUUGUCAAACUUAAGAGUCGAACUUUUGGAUGCACAUGGCGUGGGCGUUUGUCAGGUUUGACCCUUGACCUUGAGGCCGGAUUUUCUUUAUAUGACAGUGAUACGAAGAGCUACAAGUGGGUCUACAAAUUUUCAAGAUUAAAGGGAUCAUCUGAUGAUGGCAAGUCCAAACUCAAGUUACAUUUUAGUACCGAGACGAGUGGCGUUGAAGUUCGAGAAGUGGAGUGCACAAAUCUACAAACACUGCUGUUUAGUAUCCAUGCAUUCUUGUCAGCCAAGCUUGCCUCAGUGGACCCAGCCUUUCUCACCAACUACUGACCGGUAGAGCCUCAUAGUAACUACUGACCAGUAGAGCCUCAUAGUAACUACUGAACAAAGGGUCCUUAACAUGAACUGCUGACCAGUAUUUCCUUAAAAUAAACUACUGACCAAAGGGUCCUUAACAUAAACUACUGACCAAAGGGGCCUUAACAUCAACUACUGACCAGUAGGUCCUUAACAUCAACUACUGACCAGAAGGUCCUUAAAAUCAACUACUGACCAAAGGGCCCUUAACAUCAACUACUGACCAGUAGGUGCUUAACAUAAACUACUGACCAGUAGGUCCUUAACAUAAAAUAAUGACCA